AGUUCCGCGACAUGGAUCAAAGAAAAAUUUAAUACAAAAAAUAACGAUGAUUACGAAUUUAUGAAAGCUUUGGGAUUACUCGAAGCCUUGGAGGUAGAUGCGGACAAUGGGAAUGUUAAAGCCACUAUACAAGCAACCUCUGCGAACAAGGAAUCUCAGCCGGCAAAUAAAACCGGUGCUCAUAAAAAGACCAUUACGCCAACUGCAUCUAGUACGCUCAAAACUACUCUCGAAGCAUUACAUAACGCAUGCCUAUUAAAGGUCUCUCGUGAGGUGAACAACAAUUACAAUACUGAACAAAAAAAUGACCGAGAAUCAUCACCACCAAUCAAACAUGCUUUUUCGUUCAUUGAUGAAGAACAAGGUGCCUUUAUUGAACCUAUUCUUAAUUUGGUUGAAAGAGCGCUUAACGAGGUUCUUAUUGAAAACCAACAUAUGAUUUCCUCAAAAGUUGUCGAGAUCUUCAAUAUAAAAAUUUUUGACAAAUCGGCAUUUCACGGCCAACAUAAAUCAACUCCGACUGAGCUUUUUAAAAACUAUAAGAACAAUGUUAGAAAUAAG